AUGCCCGACAGCAUUGAGUUUUCCACACUGUUGCCGCAGGUGCUGCCCAUGCUGGAGUGGUUGGAGAUUCGUCGCGUCUGUUUGACACAGCGGCGAUGUAGCGAGUCGCUCCUCCGGGCGGUGCACUUGCGGUAUUUGUUGGACACUCCAGCAUCCGUGCGGGCCCGCGUUUCGCGGCUCGGCAAGCGGCUGGGCGGAGCACAGGCCGCACAGGCCAGGGCAUCACCGGAGGCCCGAGCGGCCGCCGCCGUGGAGAUCGCGGUCCUUCAGCAGUGCACCCAGAUCCUCAGUGAGAACUGCGAGCGAUAUGCCGAUCUUCUGGAGCGGGUUGGCUUCACGGUUGGCGACGACCUGGAGCACAUGUCCGACGCGCUCCUGGAGUCCCUCGAGAAGCUCCAGGCAUUCUCGGAUGCCGUCACGCGCCUGCGAGAUGUGGCAGAAUCCCUGCCGCCGCCCGGCACGUCCUGCAGAAGAAGCGGGCCUGAAGCCGGUUACCCGCUCGAAGAUGACUGA